AGGAGUAACACACUAUGUUUGAGUUCUGCAGCAGAUCAUAUGCGUGAGAAACCAGCUGGGGGCAGCCAUGUCCUGUGCAAAGCCUGUGCAGGGGCAAGCUGCCUGUUGAGCCAAAAGAGGACAGACUGCUCAGACUCUCGGGUGGGAGGCUUGGGUCUUAGUGUCAGCUGAGAACGUGCACUGUUGCAGUUAACCUUCAAAGACAGCAGUGCUUUGACACUGGGGUCGGCUGGAUCUGGGAAGACAUUACCCCGAUAAUCUACAUCCUUCAGAGCCCACCAUCUAAAAUCAGGUAACACACAGGCAUCUUUAAAAACACAUCAGGACAGCAUAUGUAUACUCUGGUUGUUUUCGGACUCCACCCAGUAAAUCACCUUUCUCACCAAAACUGGAACUGAAGAAGACUGAAAGAGGAAAUAUAGCAUAACAGACUAGUCUCAAUCAGAUACUGCAAUAAUAGGCUUAAGCUGUCUGUCAUAAUGGAUGCUCCAGCUGAAAAAACACACAGCUGUGGGACAAUCUGUCUAAAAUAUCUACUUUUUCUCUUCAAUAUACUUUUUUGGCUGGCAGGAGGAGCCGUGCUGGCAGUGGGAGUGUGGACUCUGGUGGAAAAGAGUGACUACAUCAGUUUACUCAACUCCAGCUUCUACUCCGCCUCAGCAUAUAUCCUGAUAGCUGCUGGAAUCAUUGUGAUCGUGACCGGGGUCAUCGGCUGCUGUGCCACUCUCAAAGAGAUGAAGAGUCUUUUGAUAGUGUAUUUGAUCUUGUUGCUCUGUAUUUUCCUGCUGGAAAUCAUUGCUGGUGUGCUGGCCUACAUUAAAUACCAAGAGCUGGACGAGGACCUCAGACAGAACCUUCAGGUGACCAUGCAGCAGAAAUACCAGCUUCCUGGAGAAGAAAGUGUCACACAAGCUGUGGAUAAACUUCAACAAGAGUUUAAGUGUUGUGGCAGUCACAACUCUUCAGACUGGAUGGGCAGUGUGUGGAUCCAGGCUGCAGACAAUGAACGGCUAGUCCCUGACAGCUGCUGUAAAACCCCCAGUGACCUCUGUGGCCGCAGGGAUCAUCCCUCCAACAUAUACAAGGUGGAGGGAGGCUGCAUUAUGAAACUAGAGGAGUUUAUCCUGAGCCAGUUGUAUAUCCUUGGUGCAGUGAGCAUUGGGAUUGCAUUUUUACAGCUUGUGGGGAUGAUGUUUACUUGCUGCCUUUAUCGAAAUUUGAAAGAAGAUCCAUACUGAUUUUUGACUGGAAUCUGCCACCACAUCACUGAUUGUACAUUUUGGAUUAAUUUCAAAGCUCCAAUUAUUUAACUUGUACUGUGAUGCUGUGAAGUUGCCAAUUAGAAUAAUGCCAUAGCUUUCAAAAUGUACAAACAUUAGCAAACCUAUAUUGCUGCUGGGCAGCACUUUUAUUUUCUGCCAAAUGCUAUUGCAUGCUUCAGGAAUAUUAUAUACUUAUAUAUUUACUUAUACACCUAUCCUGUAACCAAUUACAUAGUUUAACCCUCCUGUUAUGUUGCGGGUCAAAUUGACCCUUUUUAAAGUCUAUUUUAAAGUCUAUAUAUGCCUUCCGAACCAGCUGAAUGCAGCAUAAAAAAAUCUGGACAGCAUGUGACAGCAUGUAAUUUCAAUGAAAAACGAGUGAUUUAUCCUCAUUGAACCAUGAUCUGUGAGAAU